AUGGACUGGAUCUUGGUCGGUCUGAGCAUCCCGCUAUCCUACGUGGCGGUUGGUGUGAUUGCUUUGUACAUCACCAUACAGCUGAAUUCCGACAGACACCUACGAGGCAUCCCCGCCGUCGGAUACACAUUUCCCAUCCUCAACUGGUAUACGGGCAUACAGUACAUUCUCCAAGGUCGCAAGCUCAUACAGGAAGGAUACGAGAAGUAUCAACAUAUUGGUACUUUCCGCAUCGCAUCUCACGACGGGUGGCUGGUCAUCGUCACGGAUCCAAAGCUGGUCGAGGAAGUACGCCGCGCACCGGAUGACACAUUGGACUUCGCGGCCGCAGUGAUGGAGAUACUGCAGCUCGAGUAUACGCUAGGAACGGAUAGUGUGGAUGUGCCGUACCAUGUCGAUGUUGUGCGCAAUGCGCUCACACGCAACCUCAACGCACGAUUUGACGAUAUCUGGGAUGAGAUCCAGAUGGCCUUCGGCGAGGAAAUCAGUGCUGGAGAGGAUUGGAAGACGCUACCUGCUGUCGAGACGAUUCAGCGUAUAGUGAGCCGUGUGAGCAACAGGCUGUUUGUGGGUCUGCCUCUGUGUAGGAAUGGUCAGUGGAUGCAACUGAACAUCGACUACACGACAGACGUUGCGAAGGGAGCUUUGGCCCUGAAGAUCACGCCCACACCCUUGAAGCGGCUCGUCAGUUGGUCGUUCACCACACUUGAGCAUCAGCGGAAGCUUGCCAGGAAGCUGGUAGGACCAUUGAUCGCGGAACGUCUUGAGGACCUCGAGGACCGCGGUGAGAAGUGGGAGAACCGUCCUAACGAUCUUGUCUCAUGGCUUAUCGAGGCAUGCCCCCCGGACCUGCGCACGGUUCCCUUGCUCACGAACCGACUUCUCGUGGUCAACUUUGCGGCGAUUCACACAUCGUCUAUUACCUUCUUGAACGUGAUCUAUCGGUUGGCGGCUAAUCCUGAGUGGGCCGAGCCAAUGCGCGAGGAGGUUGAGCGCGUCGUGAGGGCCGAAGGAUGGUCCAAGCUGUCUUUGGCCAAGAUGCGCCGGGUGGAUAGUUUCAUCCGCGAAGCGCAACGCAUACAUGCUAUCAGCAUGCUUUCCCUCCAACGCUGGACGAUGAAACCUUUCACGUUUUCAAACGGCUUGCGUGUGCCCGCCGGAUACCAGAUCGCCAGCGCGGCUGAGAUGUUGCAGACCGACUCAUCCCAUCACGGCGAGCACGCGGCCGAAUUUGAUCCCUGGCGCUGGUCCAACAUCCGCGAGGAUGACUCCGAGUCGCUGAAGCACCAGAUGGUGGCUACGGGCGCAACACUUCUGCACUUCGGCCACGGAAAGCAUGCGUGCCCUGGCCGCUUCUUCGCUGCCAACGAAUUGAAGGGGAUGCUUGCUCAUCUCGUACUCGAGUACGACGUGAGAUUCAAGGAAGGGGAGAAUAGGCCACCCAGUUUCGCGUUUGGAGCGAACAUCGUGCCGCGUCCGGCGCAACUUGAGUUCAGGAAGCGACAGAGGAAGGCAUGA